GUUUCUCAAGCUCAGGUGUCAAUGCGAUGCUCUUUCUUCCAUCAAAGAGGUUCUGAAUCAACACAUAAUAUGCGCCAUAGUUAGUAAUCAUCCACUCAAAAUGGAUAGGAGAUUGCCUAGGAGCCCGGCACUUAAGAGCCCUGUGCUCUCACCUAAAAGCCCUGCAAUCUAUGAAAAGUACAAGUCAGGAUGUGCGUGGGGGUUAAUUCACUUCUUUGAUUUUCGCCAAGGUCAUUCACAUGGGAAGCUCAUUUCUGAUAAGAAGCGCGCGAACAGACAAGCGAAAGGUAAGAACGCCUCAUCCUUGUUGAGAAUGAAAUAUAAUCUCAUUCCCAUAAGAGUUAUAUGUAUUUUCUUUAAAGAUGCACUUGAUAAGAAUCUUGCAGUUAACUCUAGGAGGCCAGAAGUUAAAAAUGGUAUAGAAGAAGAGAUGUCUGUGAAGCAUCAGAGAAAGAAGAAAAGGGCAAUCGGUGAAAUGCAAAAUCUACAGUUUAACUCCAAUCUUUUUGGCCUUUCAAAAGACCAUAGGAAGGCAAGCAACAGUUCCAAGAAAUCCCGUCGUUUUCCUGCUCGUGGUUGUGAUGCAGCAACUGAGGGGUAUAGGCAGCCUUCUGAUCAAAAUAUGGUAGAAAAAUCUUCAAAUAACAACAACUUGGCAUUAGUGACAGGAGCAUCUGGCAAUGAUGUGCAUGCUAGCAAUGGAGGGAAUUAUAGUCGUAAAAGCAUCAGAGGUAGGAAACAUGACCAUCACACUGACAUUAAUCUUCGAGUUCAUAUGAAUGAAUCAGUUGAAGCUUUUGUAAAUCAAAAGUUAACUGAUGGGGAGAACCUUAGUAGCAAUGAGGUAGCCAACCGGUCUAAGAACUUUAUGGAUGCAUUGGAAAUUUUAAAUUCCAACAAGGAAUUAUUUAUGAAACUCCUACAAGAUCCAAAUUCACUGCUAGUGAAACAUAUUCAAGAUUUACGGGAUUCUCAGGCAAAGAAACAACCCCAAUUUUUCUCCAAAGCUAAAAUAUCACAAUGCCAGCAAAAAGAAGCAGGCGAAUGCAAAGGGCCAGCCCAUGCUCAAAUGUUUGAAUCUUGUGAUAGAUGCACGUCAAAGGGAAGUGACAUGUCCCAACCCUUGGACACAAUAGUAGUCCUGAAGGCAGGCACACAAAACUGUCCUGAUAGAAUCAGUAAUUGGCCACCACCACAGUCUCGCUAUAGCUUGAAGAAAAAAGAGUGGAGUGUUAAGCCAGCAUUCUUGUCUUUUGAACACAUGAAAAGGAAGUUAACGCAUGCUAUAAGGGUGAACAAAAAAGAGCAGUGCCAGAUGCCCCUUGAUGGUAUUCAUAAAUCUUUUCAUGACUUCAAACAGUUUGAAGAUGGUUGUAAAGAAAUGAGCAGACAGGCAAAUAAAAUAAUUUCUGCUAGUAAAAGCUAUCUUGAUGCUGGAAAAAUGUCCGAAUCAUCCCAUGAGGUCAAUAGAAGAGAUGGGAUGAGCCAAACAGUGACCUUUGGUUCAGGCAUUGGAAGCAAAGUUGCUUCUUCCACAGAUAGUUGCCAUAGGACCUCAAACUUGUUAAUGGUAAGGCAUCUCAAAGGAAAAUUUCACCCUAGGAAACAUCCUACAGAUAUGUUAAAUAGUGGAAACGAAGAUUUCUCAAGAAGACAGACACUCAGAAAUUUGGAUAGAUUAAUGUCUUUGCCUGAAUACAACUUGUUGCCCAUGCUUACUCCAGUAAGGGACAAGGAACAUGGGUUUGCUUCUCCACAGAUGAGAUUUUCACCAUACAGCAAUUUUUCAACCGCCAAUGGAUACAAGUGGAGGGUUCAGAAAGAAAGCAAGAGCUGCUGCUUAAGUUCUUCUACCAUGAAAAAUUUAGGGGCACAGCUUGUGUCCGAGAAACCAGAUGAUCGAUUGCAAGGUGCAAAGAAAAUUAUCCCUGGCAAUUUAUCUUCUGCCACCAAUGUGCUUCAAACUGUCUAUUCCCUUAGUGAUGAUUUGAGUCACAAAGUUAAUCAAACUUCUGUAUGUCCUGGGAAAGUCAUGGAAAGAAAUCAUGCUGUUAGUUGGGGUGAACACGAAAUUAAUGCUUUAGAAGUUGCUUUGGGAUCAAAUGGUGUACAGAGCAACACCAGCCAAAGAACUGAAGCAGUCAACAUAUUUGGAAAAAGUGAAUAUUUUGAAUGCUCAAAACUGGUUUCUCCAGAUUCAUUUUCAGGGGAUCAAACAUCAUCUUCUUCAAUAGAUGUUUAUUCAUCAAGUCCUUUGCGUAUUCAGAAAGCAGAAGAUUCUGAUAGCAUGAUCGAUAGAGCAGAGCAACCAAGUCCUAUAUCAGUUCUUGAGCAGUUCCUUGUAGAAGAUGACAGUAGCUCUCCUAGCACCGUAUCUCUAGCAGCCGAGCCACCUGUCCAACCAUUUGGCAUAGAUAUUGGAGAACUCUAUGUAUCUUCUCUUACGGUGUCCCAUUUGGAUUUGAAUUGUAAUGCUUGCACUUCCAUGGAUAAGCAAGGAUCUUUGUCUGAGUGCAUAAGAGCAGUUCUGCAAAUUUCAGGUCUCAAUUGGGAUGAACCCUCUAGGAAAUGGCAUUUGUCAGACCAAAUGCUUGACGUAUCCUUGUUUGAUAAUGUUGAAGUAUGGCCUGACAAGUCCUGUACUGAUCGUAGGCUGCUUUUUGGCUACAUCACUGAAGUCCUCUUGCAGAUAUAUCAAUGUUACUUUAGAUGCUCCCCCUGGAUAUCACUUCUCAACCCAAGGCCUCAAUUGGCUAUGUUAUCAAAAAAUAUGGUUCAUGAGGUGUUGAGACGUGUUGAUCGGCUACUCCUUUCAGAGAUGCCCCAACAAACAUUAAAGCAACUUGUUGAAAAGGAUUUGGCCAAAUCUGGCACAUGGAUGGAUACCAGACUUGAUACUGAGGAAGUUGUUUCUGAGUUAGUAGACAACAUCCUAGAGGAUUUGGUAGUGGAUGCUGCAAUUCGGCUGCAAACUUAAAACAGUACAUGCUACUACAUGUGCUUUUUCCUAAUCUC